GUCCCGUCUGCCUCCGAGGACAAGGGAGCAAAUGCCAAUCCCCUGAGAAAAGGAUUAAACCAGGAAUCUGUCACCUCACCUCACUGGAGGAGGUGUGAACCGCCGGCUGGAGCCAUGGGCAACCAGCUGACCGACAUCGCCCCCAACACGCCCUUCCUGCCAAACUUCCAGCUGCUGCACGUGGUGGUGAUCGGCCUCGACUCGGCCGGCAAGACCUCCCUCCUCUACCGGCUCAAGCUGAAGGAGUUCGUGAAGACCAUCCCCACCAAGGGCUUCAACACGGAGAAGGUCAAGGUGGCGGUGGGGGUGUCCCGGGCCAUCAACUUCCAGGUGUGGGAUGUGGGCGGGCAGGAGAAGCUGCGCCCGCUCUGGAAGUCGUACACCCGGCGAACGGACGGGAUCGUAUUCGUGGUGGACUCCACCGAGCAGGAGCGCAUGGAGGAGGCCAAAGUGGAGCUCCACAAGAUCACCCGCACCUCGGAGAACCAGGGGGUGCCCGUGCUCAUCCUGGCCAACAAGCAGGACCUGGACUCGGCCUUGUGCGUCAGCGAGGUGGAGAAGCUGCUGUCCGUCCACGAGCUGAGCAUGUACACGCUGCAUCACGUGCAGAGCUGCAGCGCCGUCAACGGCCACGGGCUCCAGCCGGGCCUGGAGAAACUGUACGAGAUGAUCGUGAAGAGGAAGAAGACGGUGAAGCACAACAGGAACAGGAAGAGAUGAGCUCUGGACUCACACUGUGGACACUACCUGGACAGAUUUAUCCUCUGCUGGGACACUUCCAAGCCUAAUGGUCCCUUUUAAUGGCCGAGCGAUUAGUGCCAACAGAAC